GGGAGAGAAAGUGAGGCAGAGGGAGCUGAGACAGGGAACCGCGCUGGCAGCAGCUACGACGCACAGGCAGAGUAGAGUGGAAGCGAGCGUGUACAUCUGCGUGUGUAUGUGUGCGUGUGUGUGUGUGUGUGUGAGAGAGAGAGGGAGAAAGAGAAGGUGUGGGUGACAGUCCCAUAGAACAGUGUUUCCAGGCAACCGGCCCGACGGUCGGCUCGCGCUCCUCCAAGUCGAACUGCACAGCCACCGUGCUAAAUCCGCUAUUUACGGUGCACAGUUCCAUUACUCCGCUCCGCCGUGGACGAGCGGAGAUUGGCUGCGACCGAACCGUCCACAUCCAGCCUGCUUUGCACAGAUCCUCCGCCGGUGCUCUGCGUGCGUGCGGGGAGCGUCGCUUUGCAGUAACAUGCAGUGAAAACGAAAUGCUUUUCGGUACAAUGAGACAGUGAGAGGAUACCUUGUUCUUCUGCCUCUACCCAACGGGGUUGGAUCUAUCUGUUAUUUCACUUCGGUAGGAUGGGGAAGGAACAGGAGCUACUGGAAGCGGCCCGGACCGGGAACGUAGUCCUAGUGGAAAAAUUAUUAAGCGGUAAAAAAGGAUUACUGGGCUCCUCGUCCGGUUCCAUACCCUUACCGAGUUUGCUAAGCAUCUGGCGAGGGCUGAACGUGAACUGCGUCGACAGCUCGGGCUACACGCCUCUGCACCACGCCGCCCUCAAUGGACACAGGGACGUGGUCCUGAAGCUGCUCCAGUACGAAGCCUCCACCAACGUAGCCGACAGCAAGGGCUGCUUCCCCCUGCACCUGGCGGCCUGGAAGGGGGACGUGGAGAUCGUCCGGAUCCUCAUCCACCACGGGCCCUCCCACUGCAGGGUCAAUGAGCAGAACCACGAGAAGGAGACGGCACUGCACUGCGCGGCCCAGUACGGCCACUCGGAGGUGGUGUCGGUGCUGCUGCAGGAGCUGACGGACCCGACCAUGCGCAACAGCCGCAGCGAGACGCCGCUGGACCUGGCGGCGCUGUACGGCCGGCUGCAGGUGGUGCGCAUGCUGGUCAACGCCCACCCCAACCUCAUGACCUGCAGCACGCGCAAGCACACGCCGCUCCACCUGGCCGCCCGCAACGGACACCGCGCCGCCGUGCAGGUGCUGCUGGAGGCCGGCAUGGACGUCAACGUCCAGACAGAGAAGGGCAGCGCUCUUCACGAAGCCGCUCUCUUUGGGAAGAUGGAUGUGGUGCGCCUCCUCCUUGACUCAGGAAUCGAUGCCAACAUUCGAGACUGCCAAGGAAGAACCGCCCUGGAUAUACUGAAAGAGCACCCAGCGCAGAAGUCCCAGCAGAUCACAGCACUCAUACAAGAGUACAUGAUGGAGGAGCAGGAAAGUAAGAGCACAAAAGAGGAGCCGGUUCGGCAGUGUCCUGUCCCCACGCCCCGCACGUCUGUGUCCUCGCCGGCUGCCUCGCCCUCCCUCAGGAUCAAAAAUGACGCGGUGACAGGGGAGCUGUCCAAGCUGCUGAACGAGAUCAAGAUGUGCCGAGACAAAGACUACUCCUUCGAGGACCUGUGCCAGACCAUCUCCUCCCACUCCAUGGAGAGCUUCGGGAGCGGCCGUCUCUCCGACGAGGAGCGCAACAGCACCCUGAGCAAAGUCGGCAAGCGCCCCUCACCCCCCUUGGCCCCCGCCCCCGAGGAAGACGAGGGGGAGAAGAGCUGUGGUCCAGCCGGCUUCUGGGAGGCUCUCACACCCUGCAACGGCUGCCGAAACCUGGGCUUCCCAGGGCUGUCUCAGGACUCCAAGCGGGCCGUGGAGAUCGUUCCGUCCCCGUCGCUGGACGUCUUCCUGCCCGAGGACGAGGACAACCCCUACGAGUUUGUCGCCACCGCCGUCACCCGCAAGCCCUGCUCACUCGACAUCACCCGCCUCAACACCUGCUCCAAGAACGGCCAUUCCCCCCAUGUGACCAUCACAGAGCCCGAGCUGGGUAACCAUGGGAACAACUCCACAGGCCCGACUCCAGACUGCUCGCCCCCCUCCCCCGACACCGCGCUCAAGAACAUUGAGAAAGUGAUCCGCCCACAGCCGAAACAGCGCACGUCCUUGUCCUCGUCCCAGGAGGUGCAGAGGCAGAACCACAGCUACGACCCCUCGGAGGUGAGCUCGUCCCUGGGGUACGCCAGCUUCACCACCAGCCCCCCGGUCAGCGCCCCCGUCAGCCCGGCCAACUACUCCAUUGGCUCGGCGGAGGACUGCGGCCUGGCAGAGGAGAUCCUGUGUCAGAGGGAGGCUCCAGCAGAGCGCGAGCAGAGGGACUCCCACAUCCCCGAGCAGUUCGCCGGGCUCCUGCACGGCUCGUCUCCGGCCUGCGAGUCCCCGGACAACCCCUUCCAGCUGUACGGCAAGGUCCGCAAGUUCAGCGCCCCGGAGCCCGUCCCCGCCCACCGCCACGGCAACCUGCUCCAGGCGCCCGACGCGGGCACCGCCCUCCUCCUCCCUCGCGCCGGCAGCGAGGCCCCCUCCCUGAAGGGCCCGCGGGAACCCAAGCCCCAGGUGGUGUACCGCACCAUCUUCCACACCCGGGUGAACCAGGACCAGGCCGGCGCAGCGCCGGCGGGACCUCCGAACCCGCCCCCGGCCCCACCCCCGGCAGGGGCGCGGCAUGUGAGGAACGGGGAACCGGUCCUCGGCGGGACGGGCGCUGCCUCAGCAGCAUCGGGCGCCGGGUUCGAGGAGCGCGCCCGGACCCUGGGCAGGAUGCGUUCCGCCCCCAGGAGCGUGCUGGACCUGCAGCUGUCGCGCAGCUUCUCCAAGUCCGACUCCAACCUCAUCUCCGUCUCCCCCAUCGAGGAGGAGAGGCGAGCCAGCCGGGGCCAGUCCAGCCCGGCCAAGCCCAGCCCCACCCACAGGCUGGAGAGAACGCCGUCUUUCACCGCCGAGUGGGAAGAGAUUGACAAGAUCAUGAGCUCCAUCGGUGCUGGAAUCAGCACAGGGCUGGAGGAAAUCCAAGAAGAUGUGUCAGGGCCCCGAUGUCCCGUCCAGUCCGUGGGCCAGUGGCUGGACAACAUCGGCUUGGUCCAGUACGAGAACCACCUGCUGGCAAAUGGCUUAGACAACGUCCAGUUCAUGGGCAGUAAUGUUGUGGAGGAUCAGGACCUGCUGGAGAUCGGGAUCCUCAACUCAGCCCACAGACAGCGCCUCCUGCAGGCCAUCCGCCUCCUGCCCAGGGUGCGGCCCGUUGGUUACGAUGGGAACAACCCCACGUCGGUGGCAGAGUGGCUGGAGUCCCUGGAGCUGGGCGACUACACCAAGUCCUUCCUCAUCAACGGAUACACGUCCAUGGAGCUUGUCAGGAAGAUCUGGGAGAUCGAGCUCAUCAACGUGCUCAAGAUCAGUCUGAUAGGACACAGGAAACGGAUUUUGGCGUCCCUGGGUGACCGGCUACACGAAGACCCGCCGCAGAAGCCACCCCGGGCCAUCUCCUUAAGGGACCCGACUGGGAACCACACGCCCCCGCAGCUGUCCCCGUCGCUCGGCCAGAGCGUCUACCCCACGGCCGGCUCGCUCGACGUGCAACACCUCAUCAUGCAGGCCGACGCCCGCCGGCGCCGCAACGACACCUACUUCGACGAUGUGCCGCGCUCCAAGCUGGAGAGACAGAUGGCCCAAGUCAGUAUGCAAGGCGAGUGGUGUGAGCCAAUCACGUUGCGGCCCCCCAACGAGGCGACGUCGUCCACGCCGGUGCAGUACUGGCAGCACCAUCCGGAGAAGCUCAUCUUCCAGUCGUGUGACUACGAGGCCUAUUACCUGGGCUCCAUGCUGGUGAAAGAGUUGAGAGGAACAGAGUCUACACAAGAUGCCUGUGCCAAGAUGAGGAAGUCUACAGACCAGAUGAAGAAGGUCCCCACCAUAGUCCUCUCUGUCUCCUACAAGGGGGUCAAGUUUAUCGAUGCCACCAACAAGAACAUCAUCGCCGAGCACGAGAUCCGCAACAUCUCCUGCGCCGCCCAGGACCCGGAGGACCUCUCCACCUUCGCCUACAUCACCAAAGACCUCAAGUCCAGCCACCACUACUGCCACGUGUUCACUGCCUUCGACGUGAACCUAGCCUAUGAGAUCAUCCUGACGCUGGGCCAGGCCUUUGAGGUGGCGUACCAGCUGGCCCUCCAGGCCCGGAAGAGCGGUCACGGCUCGUCCACGCUGCCUGAGAGCUUCGACAACAAGCCCGGCAAGCCCAUCCCCAAGCCCCGCGUCAACAUCCGCAAGUCUGUCAUGCACCCCUCUAGCCGCUGGUCCCUGGGGCAUAUAUACACCCCCCACCGGCCUCCUCUCCACCCUCCUCUUCCUCCUUCACGACUCCUUCAUCCUCACAAAGUUCAAUUUCAGAUGGAGCAGCCUUCGAUGGAUCAAAAGGGCCACGCCAAUGUGCCAUGGAUAGUGGAGCCAGGGCAGGAGGCCAAGAGAGGAGUCAACACCAAGGCAGUGCCGGACGCUCAUGUCUUUUACUGUGGAAUGCAAAGAAUGUAGCCAGCCUAUACAUGGACCCACUUUACACACAGUGUUAAAGGACUACAACCCUAAACAUGGACCUUCUCACAGACAUGAUGUUAACGGACUACAACCCUAAACACGGACCUUCUCACAGAGACGGGGGUUAACGGACUUCAACCCUAAACAUGGACCUUCUUGCAGAGACGGUGUUUACGGACUGAAACCCUAAACACAGACCCUCUCACAGACUCGGGGUUAAAGGACUACUGCCCUGUACACACAGUGUUAAAGGACUACAAGCCCUGAAUGCGGACCCACUCACAGACACACAUGGUGAUCAAGGACUAUGUUUACAAAAUCAGUUUUAACUGAAUGUACACAUUGAUUGAAGAAACCACCGGCAUGGCUAUAUCCCCAACCUCUACAUCCAGCUCAUCCACUCCAUUCCCUUCACGCCAGCUCCGGCCCCAGCCACACAGCUGGGCAUCGUAAUGGCGCCCUCUGUUGCCUGGGAGGAGGAGCCGCAGGUUUGACCGCUGAACUCCUUUUUUGGACGGCCGCAUUGCCCUGGGGAAUGGUAGCCGUGGUUACCUUUGCUGAGACACACCCACCUAACGGCUGUCUCCCCUCAAAAGUAACGGGAACAUCUGAAAGCAGCGCGGGAUAAGGGACUUCUGGUUCGCAUUUUUAGUUUCGGGGUUUUAUUUUUUUUGGACAGGGAUGCAUUAUGAGUAUGAAUAUGAAUAUGAAUUUGAAUAUGCACAAUGUGAAUGGACUGCCCUGACGCAGAUGUGGUCUGCUGUGCCAGAGAUCAGCAGCCAGCACUGCGACAGCGGAUGACACACGACCUAACAACUGACACGCCGUCUGAUUCUACAUUCAUUCUGCCAGGCAUUUAAUGUUUAAUAAGAUUAUUACUACUUAUAUUACCAUUCUUGAUUAUUAUUAUCAUAAUUAUUCUUAUUGUGCAAUUAUGGUCAAUGUUGUCUUAAUGUUACAUUAUUUUUAUAUGAUAUGCUGAAUUGAAGCUGGGCUUGAAAAUGAUUGCCAUCCAAAAAAAAGAAAAAUAAAUAAAUAAAUAAAAUAACGAAAAAGUACCUGUAGCCCCUGAAUGUGCAGAUGGCUACGCUGAACUCUGAAAAAAAACCCACUUGUUUAAUUUACACUGAACUCGGGUUGGAGACGGAAAGCAAUGUAUACUUUCUCGUGGGGCUGAGCUGUAAUUAAAAGUCAGAUGUAAUAUUUCUCCACAGUAUUACCGUUCAAGAAUAAAAACACAGCCCUCAUGUACAUAGAUAUUUUGCCAACUCAUUGCUCAAAACAUGUAAUGUAAUGAAAUUUGCAGGACAUCGCACUGGAAAUGUGGUACCAAUUAAAAAAAAUAAAUAAAUAAAUACAUUUU